AUGUACUUGCGGACCGUCCAGGAACAGCUUGAGAGUAUCUACAAAACCUUCGACGAGCUUGAAGUUCUCGAUCGGCUGAUCCUGGCGAGACGCCAUGUCCUGGAAGAGUCUACAAAAAGGGAUGAUCCGGAGCGGUGGCGCGACAUGGACGACCUAGAGCGAGGGCUUUACCAGCGCUUUGAGAAGACUGGAAAUAUCGCAGAUUUGCAAGAAGCGCUGCCGCUUGCGAAAGUUGUCUUGCUCGAUGAGGCUAUAGAGGGUUAUCGCACUGCUCUUGCAUCGACCCAUCUGUCCAAUGAUGAUAGGGCGAUGAUAUCAUCCAAUCUGGCUAUUGCCUUGCAAGCCCGCUAUGAGACAUCGGGUGCAGCAGAAGACAUAGAGGAGGCCGUUUCCAAAGCUCGAGAUAGUGUCUCGUGGACAGCCGCCCAAAGCAAUCAGCGUCCUGUCAGACUGAAUGGACUUGGAACAUCCCUUUCCUGCCUCUACAAUCGGUUCAAGCGGCUCGAGAAUCUCAACGAAGCCAUUGAUUGCGCCAGAGAAGCGGUAAGGCGAUAUGACAGCACUCAUAGCGAUGAAGACCGAUCCGAGUCAGUCAUGCUCGCGAGAAAAGCUGUCGAGGUGACUCCCAAGUCGGAGUGGAUGAGAUAUGCCACGUACACCCAUAAUUUGGCGACCCGGAUCUACGAGGAGUACCUGAGCACGGUUGAGCAAGAGCCCAAUGUAGGAAAGCUAGAGGAGGCGAUAUCCUGGAGUCGGAUUGCUUUGGAUUGCAUGCCGAAGACGCAUACCGAUUGGUCGGAUUACGCAUAUUGGUUGGGCUGGAGACAGAUGGUACUCGCCACGUGUGCUACGGAUGUUGAGAAGGGGUGGGCUCUAUUCGACGAGGGGAUCGAGACUUUAAAAGAAGCCUCGAUGCCAGAAAAAGCGAACGAACUGAGCUCAAAGACGAUAGCGUUAUUGUCUCAUGUCAGCCCGCGCUCCAUGAUGCGGCAAGAUAUGCAGUUCAGAUUGUCUGGCCUUUCGAACCUUUCCACCUUCGCAGCAGUGGCGUCGUUAAAUUCAGGGAGUGGACCCGAGGAAGCCUUGACACUCCUGGAGAUGGGGCGGGGGCUGAUAUUCGGGUUCCUUAUCGGCAACCGUGCAGACGUUUCGGACCUUAGUUCCAUCAAUCCAGACAUCUCAUCGCAGUACGAAGAUAUCAGGGAGCAGCUCACACAAAUGUCCAUCUCUGCAUCGAACAGAGGUGACGUGGUACUCCAUCGGCAGGAACUUACGAAGCGUCUGACAAACCUCGAGGACCAAAUUCGCGAACUGCCAGGCCUAUCAAGAUUCCAACGACCGGCUUCAGGAGAUGAGCUGAAGGAACUCGCAUCAGAGGGACCGCUCGUGAGCUUUAACGUCACCAAGUUCAGGUCCGAUGCAUUCAUAGUUACCUCAAAAAGCAUCAUCGUCCUUCCUCUACCAGCUCUCCAGGAGGUCGAACUACAGACAAAUGUCCGAAAAAUCAUUGGAAGAUGUCGACUUACCAAAUGCACAUUGGUCCAGAGGAACACGUCGAAUAAGAGUCUGGCCAAGAUCCUCGUUUGGCUCUGGGAGGUAGCCGUCAAGCCAGUCAUGAACCAUCUCGGACUGACAGGUGCACCUGGCAGCACCGCGAGCGACCUUCCCAGACUAUGGUGGGUAACCAGCGGAAUGAUGGGGUUGAUGCCCCUGCACGCUGCGGGCUCAGGCUGGGACGAAAGCCUGGAGAACACAUCCAGCCGCUGCGUCUCCUCGUACGUGCACACGAUGAAAGCGCUCGCACACUCCAGAUCGACCAAGGCCAAACAGCCUCACCAGACCGUCCCCUCCCGCAUCCUCGCCAUCCACACCCCACACACGACCUCAGACGGCUGGGCAGACCUCAACACAGCCCCCGAAAUGUCCGCCAUCACAACCGCCGCCUCGCACGCCGGCCUUCCCUGCACAAUCCUCGAAUCGCCCACCGUGUCGUCCGUCAUCGACGAGAUGCGCCGCAGCCCCAUCGUGCACUUCGCCUGCCACGGCGACCCGAGCUUCGACGACCCGUCGGCGACAUCGCUCGUCCUGCGUGCGGACGCGGGCGGCAGCGGCCGCUUGUCCGUGUCCCAACUCUUCGACGAGACGCACCAGCACGCGCAGCUAGCCUACCUCUCGGCGUGCUGCACGGCGCAGCAGUACGACGAGGGCCUGAUUGACGAGGGGAUACAUCUGGGCAGCGUGUUUCAGCUGAUGGGCUUCCCGGCGGUGGUGGCGACGCUGUGGGAGGCGGAUGACGGGGCGGCGACGGAGGUGGCGGGGGCGUUUUAUCGGCGGCUGUUGGGGUCGAGAAGGCUGGGGGAGAUGGAAGACGGGCGGGUGGUGAGGUGCUUGCAUAAUGCGGUGGCGGAGCUGCGGGCGCAGAGGCUGGGUAGGAGGGGGAAGAGGAGGAAGGCGGAGGAUGUUUUGGCGUGGGCGCCGUUUGUGCAUGUUGGGAUUUGA